UGAAUCAAUAGUAAUUAGAUAUUGGUAAUCGAAUAUCGACAAUUGGCAUUGUUAUAUUUCUUUUAUAUACUUGGACCAUUUACAGGCAGUGUGAAUAAUUGAUUCAAGUCAAAUUUGCUCAAAAAAUCCUAUCACCAUUAUCCUCUACUAUUCAUCAUCUACGUACAACAUUGUAUUAAACUAACAUCUUAUUUAUUGUCAUAAAUUUUAUUAAUCUAUAAUCAAUGAUCAUAUAAUUUCGAAAUAUAAUUCUUCAUCAUAAUUAAAAAUGAAUCCAAAAUUGUCAAUUUGUUCGAUUCUUCUAUCUUUAACUACAUUCAUUUCAAUUAACAAUGCUAAAUAUCAUCCAUAUAAUGGUAAAAUUGGUAUCGAAUGCCAAACUGAAGAUGGAAUCAUCUUUUUGCGUAUUGAUGAAAUGAUAAUUGAUGACAAAAAACUUGAUUGGAAACAAUUAGAUUAUAAUGCAUCAUCUUGUACAUCAUCGGAAAAAAUUAUUGAAAAUAAAACACCAACAAAUAUCGAAAAAUUGGAAUUGAAAUUUGAAACUGAUAUUGGAAUGGAUUUUGAAUUCUUGAAGAUUAAAAAUAAUACAUAUGAAAUGAAAAAAAUUACAAUCAUAUUGAAUGAAACAUUGUAUGAAAAAGAUGAAUUUGAUUUACGAUAUAAUCAUAAAUUUAAAAUCGACACACAGGGCUAUCAUUGUGAUGAUCUUAUCAACUAUUUAAAAAUCAAUAAAACCGUUCCUAAUGUUAAGGAUGAAAUAAGUGUACAAUUUAAACAAUUUCAAUUUGCUGCCUAUCUUAGCCACGAAAAUAUUACAAAUAUUGCAUUCAAAGAAUGUAAUCCAUUACCUGGUAAUCAACUAGUACCUAUUCUGGUCGGCAGUGGUCUAUUAGUUUUAAUGGGUGUAUGUUUGACCAUCUAUAUUUUUAUGCGAUCACGAUAACCAUGAAAAAAAUAUACUGAAUUGGAUUGAAUUUGUGGCAAAAUAAAACAAAAAUUAAAUUAAAUUAUUUAAAUGUAUUUGAAUUCAUUGUUUUUCAUUUUAAA